AUGGUUGGAAAGGCUAAGGGGGCUGAGGGAGCUUCUAGAUUGAGAGUAGGGUCUUGGAAUAUUGGGACUUUAUCGGGAAAGUCCAUAGAGUUAGUUAAGAUUCUUAAGAAGAAGAAGAUUAAUAUAGCUUGCGUACAAGAGAUUAAAUGGGUAGAAUCUAAAGCUAAGGAGGUGGACGGGUCAAACAUUGGUUUUCAGUGCCUACGCCCGCAAGUGGGGUUGGACGAGGAGACAAAAAGGCAUUUUUGGGAGGACUUGGACGAAGCGGUGGUUAGUAUACCGCCUACGGAAAAGCUAUUCAUAGGAGGAGAUUUCAAUGGGCACAUUGGGUCUGUUUCGACGGGCUAUGAUGAGGUGCAUGGAGGAUUUGGCUUUGGGUGCAGGAAUGGUGGAGGAGCCUCACUCCUGGAUUUCGCAAAAGCUUUUGGUUUAAUGCUGGCCAACUCGAGUUUCCCAAAGAAAGAUGAGCACUUGGUAACCUUUCGUAGCUCAAGGGCGGCGACGCAAAUAGACUUUUGGCUCCUUAGAAAAGAUGAUAAAAGCCUCUGUAAGGACUGCAAGGUCAUACCAAGUGAGAAUCUUACGACCCAAUAUAAGCUAUUGGUCAUAGACUUAGAGAUAAGAAGGAAGAAGAAGAAGAGGGUCGUGGAUGACCGACCGAGGAUUAGGUGGGGUCGUUUGUCUCCGUCUAGUGCCCUAGAGAUGGGGGAGAAAUGGAUGGCUAUGGGGGCGUGGGAUAGUAAGGGGGAUGCGAUCAGUAUUUGGGAUAGGACGGCCAGCUGCAUUAGGGAAACAACUAGAAAGGUGCUGGGGGUCUCACGAGGCCUUCAUGGUGGGCACUGA